GAAAUAUUGAACAAAAACAACUGAGGAAAAAUAAUGUAUCCGACUUGGCAGUUUUAGUAAAAUCAGCAUUAAAUACGAUAAAGCCUGCUGCGGUACAUGCUGCCGACUUUGCUGUGCAAAAAAUUGAACACGGUUUUGAAUUUAUUGGCGGAAUGGAUAACUUAAAGCGUACCCUGGAAGUAAGCGUUCUAGCUGGACUACGAAGACGGGAAAAAUUUCGAAAUUUUGGAUUAAAAUUGCCGAAAGGUUUGCUUCUAUACGGUCCUCCCGGCUGCGCUAAAACAACAUUCGCGAAAUGCCUAUCCAAAGAAUCCGAUAUGACAUUUAUCUCCAUAUCUGGCGCUGAGGUUUACUCACCCUACGUCGGUUUCGCAGAAAAAUUUAUAUCAAGAUUAUUUGAUACAGCGCGAAAAAAUGCACCUUGUCUGCUGUUCUUUGACGAAAUGGACGCUCUAGCAGGUCGCCGGCCCAUCAGCUCAAACAAUUCAAGUGAUAUACAAGUUCGUGUACUGUCCACCUUACUGACAGAAAUGGAUGGCAUUAUUGAUGGAUCGGAUGAAAGUAAUCAAGAAAUACUUGUUGUUGCAGCUAGUAAUCGGCCAGACAUGAUCGAUGAUGCUCUACUGCGUCCAGGACGUUUAAGUAAACAUAUAUUUGUGCCACCACCCGAUAUGCAAUCGCGUAUUUCUAUUCUUGAGCUACACGCUAAACGUAUGCCUUUUGCUGGAGAUGUAAAUUUGGCUCAAAUAGCUGAAGGCACAGAACAAUACACAGGUGCUGAUAUGUGCAAUUUGUGCAAUGAAGCUGCAUUGUUAGCCUUUCAACGGAUUGAAGAGACCAAUGAUGAUUGUAAAAUCACGGCUAAUGAUUUUGCUACUGCUUUGGAAAAUUCAAAAUCUUCGCUUUCGAAAAGUCAGAUGAACCUAUACGCGAGGUUUCAAAGUAAAAUGGAAACGAAAUCUUAAUAAUAUAAGAUAUAAUAUAUUCCAACGUUUACUUUAUUUUGUUCCAACACAUUUUGACCGUGCCAGAAAAUAUACAUAUCGUCGUUUAAAGUGCAAAACCGCGUAUCAACAAAAUGCAAAACCGCGUAUCAGCAAAAUG